AUGAAUCAAUCAACAAAAAAACAAAAUUUACUACAAAAGAAACAGGACUCAAUAUUUAAGACUUUAGGUGGUCAAAAUAACUUGAAUGAAAAGUUAUCUAACCCAUCAAUAUCAGCAAUAUCAUUAAGUUUCCCCAUCAAGAAUCUAAUUAAACGAAAACAAAAAAACCAUACUCUUAAUACCCCUACAUCUACAUCCAUUAAUCCAAAUAUUUACACUUAUUCUUUGACGCCGAAUGGCUACAAAGAUUGGAGUGCGGACAUCUCUAGAGAGAACUCCGAUCCUUCUAAUACAGAAGCCGACACUGAUAAAUUGAUCGAAUUAUAUUGGGAUAUCAUCUUAUUGACUGAAUCUCAAUUUCUUUAUGACAUUUCUCAUUUAAAGAAAUUUCAAAAUCAUUUAGUCAACUUAAUGAAUUCCAAACUCAAUCAAUCAUACAAAAAAAAUACAAUUCAAGAUACCAAUAACAAUCAAGGAUCCAUAUGGAGAUGUCUAAAUGAUAAUUACAUGAUUGUCUAUCUACCUUUAAUAUUCAAUGAUUUAUUAUGGUGUAAAUUCAAUUCUGUAUAUUUGAACAUUAUUAUACCUGAUUUCCCCACAUCCUCUACAAUAAAUACCAAAGAUUGGUUAUUAAGCUUACUGGAAUUGACAAGUUCAUUGGAUUUACAAUAUUUACGCUUGUUCUUAAGAAGAAACACAAAUGGUAAUACGAAUUUGAUAACUACAUUAUUGCGAAAUUUGAAUUGGAUUGGUGGGAAAAUCAUACCAAAUGAGAAUAGAAAUAAUUUAUCAUUCGAUAACGAUGAAUUGACAAUGUCUGAUAAGUCAUCUUUUAAUGAAUUAAUGAGAGGUGAUGAAAAUUUUAUAAUAUUGGAAUUCGAAUGUUAA